UUUUUCCUUUUCCUUUUUUUAUUUUUAUUUUAUUUUUUAUUUUAUUUUUCAUUUUUUACCUGAGAAAGAGACAUCACGGCGAGCUCCACCGACUACUCCGUACUCACCUCGGGGCAAUCUGAUCCACUCACGACUCCUUCAUAGCACCUAUCACUACUUACUACAAGUGAUUGCUUUCCCUCGAUCUACCUUCUACCCCUCCUCUCAAUUACCUUUUAUUUCCUCUCAUUCUUUGUUGCUUAUUACUACUAUUAUCACUACUACUUAUUUGUAUUCUUACUAUCGUGUACUUCAUCUCAUGGACUUUGAGCCCUUUAUGAGACCUCCUUAGCUCCUAACGCGUUCUCCGCAGUUAUCGCGAUUACGCUCUUCCUCCCCCGGAGUUGAUUGUUCCAACUACUUAUCUCCCUCUACGUUCCCUUUGCUUUUUUGAUUCGCUUCCCUGUUAUUUCUGAGGGAGACAAUUGAUCGUUUAUCUCGUCUUGCUGACCUUGCAAGGCUUAAUUGAGUUUUACCCUUGCCAUGGAGGGCUUCGAUACUAUGGCUAUGCCCUACUUGGCCAGCCCACUAUCGCUCAGCAAUAUCCAGGGCGCCGACUACCUCAACUCUAUGCCUGGUAUGGAUCUUCCUGAUCAGCGCUCCAACUUUGACUCGGAGACAUUUGUCAGUGGAGAUGAUAUAUCCUUCCCCCAGACAGGUCUAUCUGCGCCGCUAAAACGAUUCCCUCCGGGAUAUGAUGACCCUUUCACUGACAUGGUGGCGCCUUUUGAUCCCACGCCUGCAGAACAACAACACGCUGACUCGUCCAUCGACCAUAACAAUAAACUACUGAGCUUUUCGAUACCGGUAUAUAAUUUUACCCUGCUUGAUUACUCGCUACGGCGGACUUCAUUGUCACUCUCAGCCCAGUUGCAUGGCAUGUUUUUCCUUGCGGAGUCGCCUUGGACCACAUCCCCCGCAGAGAAUGCUCCGCCCCAGCAAGGUGCGGAGCUAACGUGUUACCGUCGUAACUUGUUUCAGAUCACGGGCUCAGUUACCCUCCCCCGGAGCUUGCGCUAUAUUAUGACAGAGCAAGGCGACCGUAUACCAAUUCUUGCACAGGAACUCACUGUUUCAGCAACCGAGUCUGUGGAAGGCAAUUCUGUCAAAAUCAUCUCUGUACCCUGGAAAACCCCCGCUGCGAAUGCGAAUCCUUCAACCGAAGACAGCAGCCACCCUACCACGACGAACAACCCAAAUAACCCCAAGGUUGAAAAAGAACCUCCCGCGAUUCCCUUAGACAUCAUGGCCGGUCAGGACCUAGAUACAGACUAUGCCACCUUCCCGAUAGCAUGGAAGCGACUCCAGUUUCGUGUAGCAACUGCCAACAAUGGGCGCAGAAAGGAGCUCCAGCAACACUUCGUUGUUCGGCUGAAGGUCGUCGCAACUUUGUCUACGGGCACAAAAAUCCCCAUCUGCGAGGUACACUCGGGACCCGUAAUUGUCCGGGGCCGCAGUCCACGCAACUUUCAAUCUCGCAAGGACUUGCCCUUGAGCGGUAGUGCUGCGGCGUCAAGAAAGAACGCGCAAGCUUCCCACUCAGCCAGUAUCAACCGUACGCCAACCAGUGAAAUUGCUCCACGCUCUGGUCAGCCUUCAUCCAAGGCUAAGACUACAGGGAAGAGCAGCUCACCGGAGGCCUCGGCUUCUCAGGUCGGCGUUACUGCCCAACGGGCUUCCCCUGACUGGACACAGAUUCCCCAAUCUACAGGAGGUGCGCUUCCAUCUACAGCUCUACCUCGCUCAUCUAUCUAUUCACAAUCCAGUCCAGAAUACUCCCGGACAGCAGAAACUCAGCAACGACGUGCUAGUGCUAUAGCAGCCCCGAUAAAUUUGUCACUCCUUGAUGAUGACGGUGGUGGUGAUUCUUCUCGUUUGAAUGACUCUGCCCGACCGACGUCCUCGUACGCCAGUGAGAUUCCGCAGAAGAUUAUAAAUACGGAGGGCUCGGCACCACCGGCGAAAAUGCGAAAACUUUCGCAUGGAAUUCCACAACCACCGACCAGGAGCACAUCAUCAUCGUUGCCCUUGCUGAACACGACUAAUAUGCAGCAACCUUUCGCGUCGACUCUGCCUUUUCCCAACGAGAGUGCCGAUUUAUUAUAUGAAUAUUUUCCAUUGGGCUUGGAUGACUGGCAAGCACCCGUGGAUGCAGUAUAUCGACCACAUGUGGUACACCAUACCAAUAUGCCUGAGAUGAAGUUCGUUGCUACACGAGGUAGAAGUAAGCGAUACUUCGCUGCAGAAGAUGUUUUCUAGCAUUAUGGUUUGGCUGUGCAUGAUCUUGUAGCUAGGCGAGAGCCCAACUUCUUUUAAGAGCUGCCGAAUACUGGAAACCUGCCAAAUUUGAAGGCGCUC